AUGGCUGCCGCGGGCCCAGAGUCCUCCCUCUCUGGGGCUCUGGUAACCCAAGACCAGGCUUCCAGUGCUGUAGCUGUGCCGACACCGGAGGACGUAGAGAACAAGAAGCCAAAGAAGAAGGUGCUGAGCGAGGAGACGUACAUAGAGAAUCUGCAGAAAAUCAUCCAGAGAGAUUUCUUUCCUGAUGUAGAAAAGCUGCGGGCUCAGAAGGAAUACUUAGAGGCAGAAGAGUCUGGAGAUCUUGAGAAGAUGAGGCAGAUAGCUAUUAAGUUUGGGACAUCGGGCAAGUUGUCUAGAGAGACUCCGUUGCCUUAUGUUACACCUGCCACCUUUGAAACACCUGCUGGUAUUCCUGGUACACCUUUGGCUGCAAAGCACAGAACAGGAGAUGAAGCAGAAGGCGAGAAAACCGAAGAGGAAAGUCAGGAGCUUCCUAGCCUUGAUAAUUUUUUAGCAAAACACACUAGUGAGGACAAUGCUUCCUUUGAACAAAUAAUGGAAGUGGCAAAGGAGAAGGAGAAAGCACGAAAUUCCUGGCUAUAUGAAGCUGAAGAAGAGUACAAACAGCGGUUUCAGAAUAACCUGGCUCUCCCUUCUGCUGAAUUGCAAGCCAUAGAAAGUGGAAAAGCGGGUCUAGACACCUGGGAGUACAAAACGCAUAACACCCUCAUGUACUAUCCUGCAGGUGUGCCAGAUAAUGAUGUCAUAUUCAAGAAACCUCGGGAAGUGGUCCAUAGAAACACACGUUUCCAAAAGGACCCAUUUAGUCAAGCCUUAAGUAAGACACAGCUCCAACAAGCAGCUGCCUUGAAUGCACAAUAUAAACAAGGGAAAGUUGGCCCUGAUGGGAAGGAACUGAUACCACAGGAAUCCCCCGAAAGUCAAUGGCUUUGGAUUUGUGGCCACUCCAUCACCUGCUCCUGGAGUUGAUGAGUCCCCUUUAAUGACUUGGGGUGAGGUUGAGAGCACUCCUUUUCGUUUAGAUGGUUCCGAGACCCCUUAUUUGGAAAAAGCACCUGGUCCAUCAUUUAAGAUUCUGGAACCUGGCCGCAGGGAGCGCUUGGGUCUGAAAAUGGCCAAUGAGGCAGCAGCAAAGAACAGAGCAAAAAAACAGGAAGCAUUAAGAAAAGUGACAGAGAAUCUAGCUAGCCUGACACCUAAAGGUCUGAGCCCGUCUAUGUCUCCUGCUCUUCAGCGUUUGGUGAAUAGGACGUCAAGUAAAUAUACUGAUAAAGCUUUAAGAGCAAGUUACACCCCAUCCCCUGCACAUACAAGCUCGCAUGCCUUUAAGACACCAGGAGGAUCUCGUCUAACGCCCACUGUAACUCCCACUCCUGGAGCUGCUUCACGGACUCCUACUGUUCCUGAUUCCACUACCAUUACUGAUAACCUGCUGCACUUACCCAAACGAAGAAAAGCAUCCGAUUUCUUCUGA